CCGCAGAUGCCUCCCUUUGUCACGAGGGUAUGGUGCGAAGAUACUGCAUUCAUGACAUUCGAUACAAUCGCGCACUAAAUCAAUAGAACGCUGAACUACUACAACAGACCGCGAUGAUGAUCCCUACUAUCUCUAGCAUCGACGUAGUUGACCUAGAUACAUAUCGCAUUCUCGAAGACUGCCGCCGAUGUCUUUGUAGCCGCCUCGUUGGUGUUCAGUUCUGCCACACCCACUUCCACAUUGGCAGGUGCACGUGUCCUCGUGGAACCAAGUAGCGAGCCUUGCAUGCAACGCAAGAGGGGCUUCGCGCCUUUGACACGAUGUGGGACGGGAUCGCGUGGCCGGAGACGCUACCUGACCGGCUGCCAGGAUAUCACCACAAAGAUACUUUCCGCGCAGGUCGAGCACAUCCCUACUGGAGGGCAAGACGGUGCGGGCACAGCCGAUAGACAGCAACAUCUUCCCGACGCGAAGCCCUUACAACCCUCGUCUCUUCCCCCAUCGCCCGCGCCGCCGCGAAAGCGCCAGCGAAUGGGGACCGUCAACGCGCCUAUUCUUCUCUCAUCAGACGUCCAGAACGAAGACCACAUCGACCCAGAGCAGAGGGAUGACGAAUGCAUCAAAGUCGUCUGCGCGUCGAAGCUGCACAACGACAUGCCCUUCCCGCAGAAGGUCACCAAGGACACAUACAUCUUCUUAAGGCAGAUGCGACCCGACCUCAAGCCUUGGGACGCCAGCGUAUGGGAUACCAAUGACCCUCGUGGCGGUACAUUGCUCGGCGGCUGUAUGUUCGCUCAAGUCGAUCCGGCAAAAUCGUACAAACAAAAGAAGCUCGUGGAAGCGCUGGAUGAACUUUGGAGUAUGAGAUAUACGUUGGCUUUGGAGGUUGCAUACUAGUGCGCGAACGUCUCGAGGUACGGCAUAUGUUGAGAUAGGAAUGAAUGUAGUAGAUAUGAGUAAAAGCAGGGCGACUACUAUCAUCGCUACGAGACUAUUCGAAACUAUGACAGACACAUAUGCCAAAUA